GUGAUGGAGAGAGACUGGGCGAGUGAGCGCUGAUGCGCUGGAGUAUGGACGACCAGCGGGACGAUGCACAAGUAAGCCAGAGAAGACAGUGAAAGUACAAGAAGCUCCCAUUAGGACACAAGCAUGUGAGGCUGAGCUCACCACUGUCAACUCUGAAGACUGACACACAAGACAAGACAGAAAAAGACGAAGAAAGACAAGGAGGAUCAGCAGAGGACUGAAGACACUCUGUAGCGUCUUUCCUGUGGUAAACGGACACACUCAAAGGAGAGCUGUUUUGCCCUCUCUCACUCUCAAUCAUGAUCCGUCGGGUCCUUCUGCUCCUGUGGAUCUUCGGACACGGUGGAGAGUCCAUGUUUUCUCAGCAGCCACAGGACUUGGUGGUAGUGGCUGGCCAACCUGUGACAUUACCAUGCUCUAUCCCUGGUUACCAUGGAAUUGUCCUGUGGAUCAAAGAUGGCCUGGCACUCGGUGUUGGCAGGGACCUCUCAGGCUAUCCCCGUUACACAGUGAUUGGCGACCAUGGCUCCGGAGAACAUCAUUUGCGAAUUCAGCGUGUGGAGUUGAUGGAUGAUGCUGUGUUUGAGUGCCAGGCUGUCCAGGCUGCCAUGAGGUCCCGUCCUGCCCGCCUCACUGUGCUUGUUCCACCCGAGGACCCAAUCAUCAGUGGAGGGCCAGUGGUGAGCCUGAGGGCCGGUGACCCACUCAAUCUGACUUGCCAUGCUGAUAAUGCCAAGCCAGCAGCCUCCAUCGUCUGGAUCCGCAACGGAGAGGUCCUCAAUGGGGCCAUGUACUCCAAGACAUUGCUCCGCGAUGGAAGGAGAGAAACCACGGUGAGCACACUCUACCUGUCCCCCUCCAACAUCGAGACUGGUCAGCAGAUCAUUUGUAAGGCCUCAAACAAGGCAGUCCCCAACGGCAAGGAGACCGGUGUCACGAUUGACAUCCAGCAUCUGCCUCUUGUCAAUCUCUCAGUGGAGCCUCAGCCAGUUCUUGAGGGAAACCUUGUGAGAUUUCACUGCUCUGCAAAGGCCAACCCUCCUGUUAUGCUUUACAGGUGGGCCAAAGGAGGAAGUAUAAUAAAGGAGGUCUCCGGCGACACGUAUGAGGUGAUUGUGGACCACUCCUUCUACACAGAGCCAGUUUCCUGUGCAGUUACAAACCAACUUGGCAGCACCAACGUUAGCCGUAAUGUCGAUGUCUACUUCGGGCCUCGCAUGGCAGCAGAGCCUCAGUCCUUGCAGGUGGACCUCGGAUCUGAUGCUGUAUUCAAUUGUGCCUGGACAGGAAAUCCCUCGCUUACCAUAGUGUGGAUGAAGACAGGUUCUGGAGUGACCCUUAGCAAUGACAACCUUCUAACACUGAAAUCAGUGCGGCAGGAGGAUGCUGGGAAAUAUCUUUGUCGUGCUGUUGUCCCAAGAGUUGGCGCAGGGGAGAAGGAAGUUGCUCUCACUGUAAACGGUCCACCCACCAUCUCCAGCACUCAGACACAACAAGCCUUGCACGGAGAAAAAGGACAAAUCAAAUGUUUUAUUCGAAGUACUCCACCUCCAGACCGCAUUGCCUGGUCCUGGAAAGAGACGGUGUUGGAGUCCGGAACAUCCGGCCGCUACACCGUGGAGACGGUGACCACGGAGGAAGGAGUCAUUUCUACACUGACCAUGAGUAAUAUUGUGCCAGCUGACUUCCAAACCAUUUACAACUGCACUGCAUGGAACAGCUUUGGCUCAGACACUGAGAUCAUACGCCUUAAGGAACAAGGUGGGAGCCAAGAAUCCCUUCCCGUGGCGGUGAUCAUCGGCAUCGCUGUGGGAGCGUUUGUGGCCGUCAUCGUCCUCAUGGGCACCAUCGGAGCAUUCUGUUGCACCCGCUCCCAGAGAAAGGAAGCGCACCUGGUUAUGCCCUCACUGCCCGUCUCCAUCUGUGCUCACCAGAGAGAACUUGCAAGCAAAAUUAAAACAGAAAAUCUGAAAGGAGUUGUGUCUCCAAAAAAUGACAUCCGGGUGGAAAUUGUGCACAAAGACCACAACGCCGCCAGAGAAAAUGAAGAACACGCCUCCAUGAAACAACUGAUGGUGAGUGUGGAACGUGGGGAGUUCCAGCAGGAGUCUGCUCUGAAGCAGCUAGAAGUUCUGCAAGAGGAAGAGAAAGAGUAUCAGCACAUUAAGGACCCCACAAAUGGCUACUACAGUGUCAACACCUUCAAGGAGCAUCCGACACCAACCGGGUCGGGGAACCAGUCUACUGAUGGGAGGAAUCCAACAAACACAAGCACCCUGGGCAAGCAGCGGGUACCAACAGGCAUGUCCUUCACCAACAUCUACUCCACUCUAGGAGCGGGCCCCAAUCGUCUCUAUGACUACAGCCAACGCUUUGUGUUGGGCAUGGGCAGCAGUUCCAUUGAGCUCUGCGAGCGGGAAUUCCAACGUGGCUCAUUAAGCGAUUCCAGUUCGUUUAUCGACACGCAGUGCGACAGCAGUGUCAGCAGCUACAGCAAGCCAGACGGCUACGUGCAGUUUGACAAAGACAGCAAAGCGUCGGCUUCCUCGUCAUCCCACUAUUCCCAGUCCUCAUCGCAGAACUCAGACCUGACCCGACCUCUGCAGAAGCGCAUGCAGACCCACGUCUGACAGCCAGGAUGUGAGUGAUGGAUGUUUAAACAGGGUGUGAACCAGCCUUCAAUGCGAAACUGUGUGUUCUUCUGGAGGUGCAGAAGACGGCUAGCUUGAUCACAUUAUGACUUCUUUUCAGACUUCAAAUGUGGGUCAAGAAGCCUUAUACUGCCCGGUUGCGUAAUCACACAUUAUUUUACUUCAAAACUCAUCAUUUUGAGUAGUGCCACAGCAGCAAUGUUUGCCAACUCAAAGGCAGCCCAAACAUGGAGUUUUUACUGAUAUCCCACAUGGAAUUAUUUCGAUGAUUAAUGGAAAGUGAUACCACAAGGCUUUGUUUGAUAUUCUGCUCCCUUUGAAAAUACAUUUCAAGAUUGUCAUUCCAAAAAAAGUCAUUCUUAUCAGUGCUGAAGAGAAAGAGUACAAGUGUGAGCGGCUCUUUCAUGUACUGUCGUUUCAAGCACAAUAACUUAAUGUGCAUAAGGUUUUUAGGUGUGGCAAUACACCCUUCACCACCCGCUACCUCCUUGGGUAAAACUUGCAUUUCUCCACAUUCCCACAAAAAUGUUUAGAGAAAGAGCUGUAUUUGGGCCACUGAGGCAGAAGAUAAAGAAGGGCUGAGAUCACAUUUUCAAUCCCACGUCUUGAGUUUUACAUUGUCGCUCUGAUUAAAGACUAUCAGUGUACAUAUUGUAAAUGACUGUAAAUUAUUUUCUGAAUCUUAAAGAGAGAACUGUGCUUCACAUUGUCCCAAAAACGUAUAUCUACUUUGCCUUGAGGCCUGUUUGAACUCUUGUCAAUUAAAGUGUUGACUAAGCAAGACGGGCUUAUUCUAAAUCAGCUCCUGUGUAGAUGUGGAGUGGCAUCCUCUAUGGUGGAACCAAAUGCAGUCUAUGAACUUAACUUGCACUGCACCAGAAGUCAUCAGCCAUAUGCGUUGAAUAAAAUGUAAACAUAUUGUCAUGAUGAUUCUUAUUUUUGUGGUUAUAUUGCUGUGUGUAGUGAGUAUUACUGAUGGAACAGGAACUGGACGCUAAGAUGUUACUGCCUAUCACUGGAGUCAAAUUUAAACUCCUUUCUAUUCAGUUUGCCUUCUGUGAAACUUUUUCUUUGAUACCCGCUAAUGUGGUCAUUUUCAACUGCCUGGCUAUGAUUUUGAAUUGUUUUUAGUUCAUUUUAUCGUGGCCACCUUCAAAAAUAUUUAAAAUGAUUAGAAAGUUGGAAAUUUGAUUUUGUCGAUGACAAAUGCUCAAGACAUGGCAGAGGUCUACCAUAUGCUUGAGUACUUUUGUUUUUUAUUUGUUUCUGCCCUGUAUAUGCUAAAUGUGAAUUCACUUAAUGGAGAGUAGAGACAGAGAAUAAAUAUGAAUUGCAUCUACAAAAGCAAUCAUACAGCAAGGUUUCAAAGUGAACCUGUCAAGUGUUGUUAUUGUAUUAUAAUAAAGUGGCAGUUUUGGGGUCCUGCUGUACAACACAGAAAAGACCCAUAGAUAAAAAUAAAUGCUAUCACUGAUGCUGUCACUAAUGAUAAUUGUCGGUCAAUGGACAUAAUAUUGUGAUUUAGUUUUAAGUGGCUGGAGUCCAGAAACAUCAAACUUAAUUCAAAUGUGAUUUACCGUAUUUUCCAGACUGUAAAUUGCUCCGGAGUACAAGUCGCAUCAGCCAUAAAAUGCAUACUAAAGAAGAAAAAUACAUACAUGUCGCACUGGAGUAUAAGUCGCAUUUUCGGGGGAAAUUGAUUUGAUAAAAUCCAACACCAAGAACAGACAUGUCAUCUUGAAAGGUAAUUUAAAAUAAAAAUAGAAUAGGGGCAACAACAGGCUGAAUAAUUGCACGAUAUGCUAAUGUUACAUGACACAUAAACAACGGACUGAGAACUGCCUGACGUAACACAUUAAGAGUUAUUCAGACAACUAUAGCAUAAAUAACAUGCUAACAAGUUUACCAAACCAUCCGUGUCACUCCAAAUCACUAAAUCCAAUGAAAACCUCACCCUCGAUGUCACUUUUGAACAACUCCGCUAAUUCCGGAGGUAAAAGAUGUGACAUUUCCUCUUCUACAUGGCUUACAUCAGACUCAUCAUCAAUUGCAGUUCCGAUUAUUCCACAGGCCUAGAGUGCACUCUUACGGUGGGGUGUGAAAAUAACAUGGGAAAUUACAUAAUAAUGUGUUGAUAAUUUCACAUAUAAGUCGCUCCUGAGUAUAAGUCGCACCACCGGCCAAACUAUGAAAAAAACUGCGACCUAUAGUCGGGAAACUACUGUAAUCAAAAUGCAUCAGCUUUUAAAACAUCAUGAGUACAGAUCUCAAGAGUGAACUUCUUACUCAAUUUUGCCAAAAACAGCAAUUUAACCUAGGUUUCUUUCGUCUACCUCUGUGCAUAAUUAAAGUGGCACAAAUGGUAUGUGAAUUGUCUUCACUGUUCUUGUGGCGUGGAAUUUAAAUGUAUAAAUGGAUUGGUUCCCCAUUGUACAGUUUCGGGCAAAAAUAUCAAUUUCAACUUUCAUAAUCCAGUUUGGGAUUCAGCAGAUUGUGUAUACAUUUCUGAAAUGCUGUCUGUCUCUGUAUAUAAGAUUUUUUUUCUUUGUUCUUCGGUCAUCAGAUUGGAUUAUAUUAAAGCUCAUCAAAUCCACAAUAUUGUGAUACAAACUGUACAGACAAUCUUUUCACUUACAUGAAUUCUUUCUGGUUUGCUUUUCUCUCAUACAAAUUCACACGAAAGAUGGCUUGUAGGUAGCACUUUCUAUUCCCCUUCUCUAUCGACACAAUGAAGACUUGUGCAGCAAAACACACAGGAAGCUGCAGGUUCAUGUAAUAGAAAUGAGGAAUUUAGACCUUAGAUAGGACUGCUUUCUACUGAGAUGAUGUACAAGUUUUUUUUUUAUAAUUUGAGUUCCUUGGAGAUAUGGCUACUGCAGUUUUAUUUGUUCACAUAUGACCAAAUUUUGUGAGAAUUAUCCAUACAUAAAAAAAACAUAAAAGCAUCAAUUGUAACAUUGAAUAAUGAGGCUAUGUUCUGCCGCUCUGAUUCUGUUUAAGACUAUGCCCAUGUGUACACCGAAAUGUUUUUCACCAUUUUGGGGACAUACAUAGUACUUACUAAGUAUUUGUGCCACAAAGAAAAAGAUAAAUUACGUGAAUUAAGUUGUAACAUUGCAAGAAAAGUUCUGAUAAGCCUAUUUGUUCAACCAUCAAUAAUUAGUGUAUUUAACACUAUUUCUUGAUUAAUAUCUGGCAAUUCGACAUUUACUUUUUUUUUUCUAAUUAUGACUAUAUUCAUGUGAUACUGCAUUUAAAAAAUACAACUUAAUAGAUGAUAAGCAGGGGUGCACAUUUUGUCUUGCUGAAUAGACCAUCCGUCGGACGCCCUUUUUGCAGACAAAGGAUGAGGGAUGAGAAAGUUGAAAAAAAAAAGACGGACUUAGAACAGACGGAAGCUUUUAGUUGUCUGUCACUGUAAUCAUCCCUAUACAGUCGAAGACCGGCUAACCUUUCAGUCGAUCACUGACACUCAUUUCACUGACGACUGACGAAAACGCACUCCUUGGUUUUGCGUGUGUAAUCCGCAAAAAUCACUAUGUUAUAACAUUUCAAUGUAUUUCUUUUUUCAGGGGUGUCAGGUGGUUAGUGGCACAGUUAUUUUUAUUGUAUUGCUUUUUGAACAGAUAAGCCCAAAAAGCAAGAGUGAUGACAAAAAACAAUGCAAGCCACAGAAUUAUGGUGGAUGAAUAACAAAAAGCCAACACAUUCUUUAUUCAAAAUAAAUAUAGGGCAAAUGACAACUUCUCAAAUUUUAUACAACUGCUGAAAGCAAACUUUUGGAAGUUUGCUCAUCCUGACUGUCUUUUAUUUAUUCAUUU